AUGGGCAAACGCGGGCGGCCGCGCAAGGAAGCGCGCUGUGAGGGCGCGGGGCUGGCCCCCGCCGCGCCCCCGGCGGUGGCCGCGCCCCAGCCCCCGGCCCAGCCCGAGGAGCCCGCGGGGGCCAAGCUCAGGUGCCCCUUCUCGGACAUUUUCAACACCAGCGAGAACUCGAUGGAGAAGCACAUCAACACUUUUCUGCAGAACGUGCAGAUUCUGCUCGAGGCCGCCAGCUACCUGGAGCAGAUCGAGAAAGAAAACAAAAAGUGUGAACAUGGCUAUGCCUCAACGUUCCCCUCCAUGCCGAGCCCGCGGCUGCAGCAUUCAAAGCCCCCGAGGAGAUUGACCCGGGCACAGAAACACAGCAACGGGAGCAGCAACACCAGCACUGCCAACAGGUCUACACACAAUGAGCUGGAAAAGAACCGACGAGCUCAUCUGCGCCUGUGUUUAGAACGCUUAAAAGUUCUGAUUCCACUAGGACCAGACUGUACCAGGCACACAACACUUGGUUUGCUCAACAAAGCCAAAGCACACAUCAAGAAACUUGAAGAAGCUGAAAGGAAGAGCCAGCACCAGCUAGAGAACUUGGAACGAGAACAGAGAUUUUUAAAGCGGCGACUGGAACAGCUGCAGGGUCCUCAGGAGAUGGAACGAAUACGAAUGGACAGCAUUGGAUCAACUAUUUCUUCAGAUCGUUCUGAUUCAGAGCGAGAGGAGAUUGAAGUGGAUGUUGAAAGCACAGAGUUCUCCCAUGGAGAAGUGGACAAUAUCAGUACCACCAGCAUCAGUGACAUUGAUGACCACAGCAGCCUGCAGAGUAUUGGGAGUGACGAGGGUUACUCCAGUGCCAGUGUCAAACUUUCAUUCACUUCCUAGAACCCAGCAUGACAUAACAGUGCAGGGCAAAAUAUUCACUGGGCCAAUUCAAUCCAAACAAUCUCUUAAAUUGGGUUCAUGAUGCAGUCUCCUCUUUAAAACUAAACAAAACUAUACUUGAACAAAAGGGUCAAAAGACCUCUAUUUAAGCAAAUACUUAGCAAAAAGUGGGGCAGAGCCUCCCCAGCAGAACAAAUACUCAUUCGUAUUUGAAAAUCACAGCUUCUAAUGGCAGCAGAAAACUUCUGUGAAAUUUUCUUGAUUUAGUUUAUUUGAAAGAGGACAUUGGAGAUUCUGUCCUCUAUCUUCUCUAGUUUGCUCAUACUACAAUGAGUAGACACAUUUAAGGAUGGGGUUAUGAACCCUUCCCGAGUUUUAAUGGUCGUAAAAAACAAAAUCAAACCUAUACUAAUGAGAAGACAAGAUAAUCAGGCAUUAAUCUUGGAUAGCUAAAGAGCUAUUAAAACUCAGCCUGGGACAGCUUAUCAUGAAGCCUGUGGAUGAUCAAUUCUUGAAAAAACAAACAAAAAAACAAAAAAAAAGCAAGCUCAUUUCAUGCUCUGCAAAAGGAGAGACUCCCAUGAAGCCUUUUGAAAGGGAUCAUCAUGCAGCUCAGCUUUCUGUUGGAUUCCAUGCUAAGCAAGCUAACCUUAUCCUGCAUUGUUAGCAGUAGGGCACCCAACCGCCAGCUCAACAGUCAGCCGCCCUUAGGCCCUUGGGCAGCAUGGGGGCAGUCUGUGUAUGACAGCCUCUACCACACAGGGCCUAUAAUUCGGAUUGAGGGGCCAGAAGGAAAAAGCUCUCCAUGCCUCUGUGUCUGCGUAGGCCAGAAGAGUUGUGCAACGCAGAUUAGCAGGUCAAGGUCUGAGCCACGGCAGCAUUUUUAUUUCAGAUUUUGAUAACUGUUUGUAUGUGUUGAAAACCAAAAUGACAUCUUUUUAAAGCUUGUCCAUAAAAAACAUAGAUGUCUUUUAUAGUGGAAAAACACAUGGGAAAAAAAUCAUCUAUUUUGAUGCAGCAUUUGAUAAUGAUAAAACACCUCACACCUCACUCUUUAUAGUGCACAAAACGAAUGAGGUCUGGGCUAGGUAGAAAAAGGUCAGUGCUGUUUUUGUUUUCUUUUAGAAUCAUUACCUUUACCAGCUUUUAACCAUCUGAUAUCUAUAGUAGACACAUUAUAAUACUUAACAUAGUUAAGUUUGGCACUUGUCUCAUUUUAUUGUAAAGGUUUGCUUCCAUUUUCUUACAGGCAGUCUCUCUCCUUCCUCACAGUCCCACUGUGCAGGUGCUAUUGUUGCUCUUCUCAAUAUUUUCAGAAAUGUUUUCUUUUAAGUGAAAUUUCUUUUCUAACCUGCACUUUGAUGUCAUGUGUUCCCUUUGUCUUUCAAAAUCCAAGGUUCCCCCUGGCCCUCUCCUUUAUCCCAGGAAGCCUUCUUGGACACCUUAUCCCUGGCUCUUUGGACUUUGUAUACUUUAAAUAAUUUAACUACCCUUAAUUACUUAAAAAAAAAAAAAGCUUUAUGAUUUUCAUAACUUAUUGCUGAUUUUAAUGGG